AGCCGUGGCAUGAACAUGGGUCAAAAAAUGAGUGAUGUAGUCAAAAAAGGUAAUGAUUCACAAUCUACCUUCAAACCAAUAAUACCAAGAGAGUUACAUGAUGAUUUUUUCAAACCAGCACGCAUAGAUAUUUUGCUUAAUAUGCCGCCAGUUUCUAGAGAACUACAACUAAAACAUUCAUGGAAUUCUGAAGAUAGGUCAUUGAACAUUUUUGUAAAAGAUGACGACAAAUUAACGUUUCACAGACACCCAGUCGCGCAAAGUACAGAUUGUAUCCGCGGCAAAGUCGGUCUCACAAAGGGAUUGCAUAUUUGGGAAAUUUAUUGGCCAACAAGACAGAGAGGAACCCAUGCUGUCGUUGGAUCUACAGCUGACGCGCCUUUAAAUUCAGUCGGAUAUCAAAGCUUGGUGGGGUCGACUGAACAAAGUUGGGGAUGGGACCUUGGCAGAAAUAAGUUGUACCAUGACUCCAAAAGCUGUGCAGGUGUCACAUAUCCAGCUAUUUUAAAAAACGACGAAGCUUUUUUAGUUCCAGAUAAGUUCUUAGUAGCUUUAGAUAUGGACGAAGGAACACUCAGCUUCAUCGUUGACCAGCAAUAUCUAAUAGGUAUUGCAUUUAGGGGACUCAGAGGAAAAAAAUUAUAUCCAGUUGUAUCAGCUGUCUGGGGUCACUGUGAAAUAACAAUGCGUUACAUCGGUGGAUUAGAUC